AUGUCACAGUACGGUACAGCAUACUGCCUAAAAUGUCAAAAACACUUCUGCUUUUGUCCAGAGUCCAUCAAUUAUCACAUACUUUCAGAAGAAGAAGAAGACAACUCUCUGAUUUGCUCCGAAUCAAUAGAAUCUACUCCAUCUCCGGAGGCACCUGCAUCAACGGCACCCGGACCAUCCACCACCACCACCACCACCACCAAAAACAUACAACAAAAACAAAGUUGCCAUUGCAAUAAAAGGGAAAAAGCGUCAGCCCUACCAAACCAACCAACAAAAAAACAUAACUAUACAGGUACAUUAUAA